AACCGGCAAAAUAUAGUGUCCCCAUGUGCCCUUGUUGUGAAAUUAAACGUUAGUGUGGGCUACUUGAGGUAACUAUACCUAGAGAUAUCAGGGAAUCCAAAGGAUAUUGAAUGGCUUCUGUAGAUAUUGAUCAGCUUACAGAGGCUCUGGCCAAGACGCAUGUUGGGGAAGAGCUAAGCUACAAGGGUCAUGGACUGAAGCUGAACGAUAAACAGUCCGUGGAAAAGAUUGUGCAUGAAAUAGAGCAGUUCCAAGGUCUGAAAGCCUUGCGGCUUGAAGGAAAUACUGUUGGCGUUGAAGCAGCACAGGCCAUCUCAAAGGCUCUUGAGUCCAAAAAGGAUCUGCAGCGAUGCUACUGGAGUGAUAUGUUUACGGGUCGCCUUCGCUCUGAAAUUCCAGCAGCUUUGAAAUCACUAGGCAGUGCUUUGAUGAUAUCAGGGGCCAAGCUUACCGAACUGGACUUGAGUGACAAUGCGUUUGGACCUGAUGGCGUAAAGGGCAUUGAGGACCUCCUCAAGAGCCCUGUAUGUUAUACUCUACAGGAACUCAGGCUGAAUAAUUGUGGCAUGGGAAUUGGAGGAGGCAAAAUCCUGGCAUCUGCAUUGACUGAAUGCUACAAGCAGUCAAGUGCUGCAGGUUCACCUCUAAAGCUAAAAGUCUUUGUAGCAGGACGUAAUCGACUUGAGAAUGAUGGCGCCACUGCACUUUCCCAAGCAUUUCAGUUAAUUGGGAGCCUGGAGGAGGUUCACAUGCCUCAGAAUGGGAUCAACCACCCAGGGAUCACAGCGUUGGCCACUGCAAUGCAACAUAAUCCCAAUCUGCGUGUGCUUAACUUAAAUGACAAUACUUUUACCAAGAGAGGUGCAGUAGCCAUGGCACAGGCCCUCAGGCACUUGUGUAAUGUACAAGUCAUUAAUUUUGGAGACUGUCUAGUGCGCUCUGAAGGUGCUAUUGCCUUAACUGCAGCACUAAAAGGAUUGUCUGUUCUUAAGGAGCUGAACCUGUCAUUCGGAGAGAUUUCAGAUACUGCAGCUCUGGUUGUUUCCAGGGCUUUACGGGACAAGGCUGAUCUGGAGAAACUAGACCUCAAUGGAAACUGCCUGGGGGAAGAUGGUUGUGAGGCACUCAAAGAGGCCAUGGAAAAUAUGGGCAUGGGGGAUGUACUUGGCUCGCUCAGUGAUGAUGAGGGGCAAGAGGAGGAGGAUGAUGAAGAUGAUGAGGAAGAUUGUGAAGAUGAUGAGGAAGAUUGUGAAGAUGAGGAUACAGAGGAGGAAAAAAAGGAGGAGGAAGAAAAUAAGCAGAACUGUAUCAAUGGGCUAAAGGAUGAAUAUAAAGGUGAAGGGAAUCCAGAAAAGGUGUCAUUAGGUAGUACUGACAUCUUAUCAUUCCUUCAGUUUCCGUCUGCAGAAAAACUGCUUAAUCUUGGUGGCAAGAGAGUUCAGCUCUUUGAGCAACAAAUGGACUUUUCAGAUGCUGCUAAAGUUGCAGAUGUUUUUCUUCAGCUAUCUUCAUUGUAUGAAGAAGAUGCAGAAGUGAAGCAAGCUGUUUUUGAAAUUUCUGAUGCCCUGUUGAAGAAUGCACUUUCCAGCCCUCAGUUUCAGAUCUAUAGUUUUACCUCUUCACUGUUGGUGAAACUGGGGCUUUUAAAGGGUGAGAAGAGAGUUAAGAAAGUUUGCCUCUUGCCGGGUCACCUACUUGCUCUAAAGCACUGCGUUGAGCAGGACUACUUCCCUGUGGACCAGGCCAAUGUUCUAGAAGUCUUUGUGUCUCGGAACAGCAAAGUUUUAGCGUCAUGUAUGAGUGCUAGAGAUGACCUUAAAGCUACACUGGAGAAAAGGAUCUCUGCCUAAGACCCUGUUUUCUUACUGAGAACUCCUAAUUAAUACAGGACAAAUACAUGGGCCAACGAGGGGACCAGAAAUGCUUCUGUUGUUGUCUGUAUCCAUCAAAGGCAUAAUUUAUCUUAAGUUGGAGCAUUUAAAAUUUAAACAUAGUGAAGCAAGUCCUUGGAGACCAAAAUGUAUUAAAAGUACAUUGCAAAUCACUGCCUUGUUACAAACAAUUUUAAUGUUAAAUUAUAUAUAAAAAGUGUGACUGUUUUUUUUCCAUUAUUUACAGAUUCCGUCUUGACUAUCUAAAUAACAGCCCAGUUACUGUUCAUGAGCUUUUUAGAUAUGAUAUUUAAUGAGGAAUAUUAUUAUUAUUGUUUUUACGUCUUUCAAAUAAUACCAGCACUUGGCCAGUUUUAGACAGAAUCUGAAGAAUGUCCAGAAAACUACUGUUGUAACUACUUUUUUAAAAUAUUGACAUAUUUUCAUAUAUAAAAAUAACAUCAUAAGUUUUGGAUGAGGGCAUUUUAGAAUCAUUAUUUUUUUAGCUCAUGUAAGUAAUUUUGAUAGACAACACCUCAGCACAGAGUUUUAUUUAACAGAAGAUGUCAAAUUUAGUAUAUGGUGAUGUUAGACAUAGUGUUUAUAAUCUUUAGGGAACCACUUGUACAAGGGAACAGACUAAAAUAUGAAAAAGUACCUCAAUAUGACUUAAAUCUCAUACAUGGCUGUAUGAUUAUUAAUAAAUAUGCUGUAUUGUUUUUGCAUUCACAUUAAACUGAUUUGUUUUGUU